UGGAGGCGGGUCCCAAUAACCUUCCGCAUAAUACAAUUGUUUGUAAACGCUCAUUGGGUGUGCAGAAACUUAAAAACAUGCGACAGCAUGUGUAGUUGGCUGGCAGGAAAAACUCUCCGUUUUGUAAAAUGUCAUUAAGUUAAUGGAAGAAGCGGCUUCGAGGUCUAUUUCUGACUUUGGGAUUGUUUGUCCCGUCGGGUUAGGUCACUGGGCCGUGCGGGCUGCCGUCGUGAGGCGGUUGUUGAUGUUGUGACAGCGGCGCCUUGGAACGGCAGUUUGGGAGAGGCAUGGCCGAGGGGGGCAGCGCAGCCGCAGCAAAGGAGACCAAAUUAUCAGCUGACGUUGAACCAUUUGUGCCAAAACAGCAAACAAUUGGAGCAAAAUCGUCUGAAUCAUCAGCUACGUUACCAAGAUACCUAACAACCUGCUAUCCUUUUGUUCAAGAUCCUUAUGUGGAUAGGCAGCGUUUGCACACAUCAGAGAAUGGCUGCAGUAAACAGUCUCAGAAUUUUUCAGAGUUGCACACAUCCUAUCCAGUUAUGCCAUCUCAGUUGCCUAUGGACUAUUCCUUCUGCUAUUCGUAUGAACAGACAUCUGAAUCUUCAUUGAAUUUGUAUGCACACACAGCAUCACGCUGCGAAGACAUUGGCUUUUCCAAGCACAAGUAUGGUAGCAGAAGUAACAAGGAAAAACAGCCUGGCCUGCAGGAAUUUGAGAAGGAGAAAGCAUUUUUGAACCAGACAACUAAGGUAUGUCAUGACAACAAUAUAUUUAGUACAGCAAGACUGUUGUCAUGUAUUUGUAGGAUUAUGUUAUACCUGUGCUAAUUUAGUGUAUGUGUG